UUAUUGCACGCGAAGAAACUGGCACUAGCUAUGUCGCAAGAAAAUAUGGCGGACGUAGAAAUGAAUACAAGCGAUGGUGAAACUUCGCCAGAAAAACAGGAAACAGAUGAGCAGAUGGACGUAACUGAAGAGCCUGAACUAGACAAUUUUGCGAAGGCUGAUGCUAAAAAGCAAGAAGGAAACAGAGAAUAUAUCCAGAAAAACUAUGAAGCGGCCGUUAAAUUGUACACAGAAGCAAUAGAGCUAGCUCCCACAGUAGUUACAUAUUAUGGGAAUCGUUCAGCGGCAUACAUGAUGAUCGGGAAUUAUGACAAGGCUUUAGAAGAUGCUCAGACUGCCAUUAAAACUGAUGAGAAUUUUAUGAAGGGUUAUUUCAGGGCUGCUAAAUGUCACCUUGUCAUGGGAUCCAUUGGGAAUGCAAUAAACUAUUUGCAGAAGGUUCUUGAGAAGGAUCCUAAAAACAAAGAUGCACAAGAUGAUCUGCGCACAGCAACAAGGGCUCAAGAUUAUGAGUCAUCUGCAUUUAAAGCUCAUGAUGAGGAAGAUUACAGAAAGGUUAUCUAUUACUUGAAUCAUAUCCUUGAAAGUUGUCCUGCUUGUGCACUUUACAAAGUAAUGAGAGCAGAAGCUUAUUGCCUGAUGGGGAAAUACAGUGAUGCAUUAAGAGAUGUGCAGAAUAUCUUAAUAGAUGACUCACUAAAUUCUGAUGCACUUUAUGUAAAAGGGCUCUGUUUAUACUAUCAGGACUAUGUUGACAAAGCGUUCCAACAUUUUAGUCAAGUUUUAAGGAGAGAUCCAGACCAUAAGAAAGCAAGACUGGCAUUAAAGAAAGCGAAACAUUUACAAUCCAAGAAGAAUGAGGGAAACGAGGCUUUCACCCGUGGGAAGUAUCAACUGGCGUAUGACACGUACACUGAAGCAUUGACAAUUGACCCGCGCAAUAAAUCAACAAAUGCUAAGCUGUGUUACAACAGAGCGCUGGUCUGCUCCAAGUUAAACCAAACAGAGAAGGCUAUUGAGGACUGCAGUCAAGCUGUAGAACUGGAUUCGACUUACCUAAAGGCUUACAUCAAGAGAGCAAGAUGUGACAUUUUCCAUGCUUAUGCCAUUUCGGGUGUCCAAGAUGGAAAGCCAAUUUUACAAACUCAAAAACCGUUUGCUUUGUUUUUUUCCUCUUCAGAUCGUCAUUCUGGGGCAACAGAAGAAGUCAAGAAAAGCGAGGAGCUGUUGUUCAAAGAGGUAAAUGAAGCUUACAGUGUGCUAUCAGACCCCAAGAAAAAGGCAAGAUAUGACUCGGGUCAAGAUCUCGAAGACGGCAUGAUGAUGUCAGAUAUCGACCCCAGAGAUAUAUUUCAAGCAUUUUUCGGAGGGCAUGGAGGAUUCGGUGGGUUUAACUUUGGAGGACCUGGAGGUGGAGGCUUCCCCGGUGGUGUCCAGUUUACAUUUGGUUAACUUCUACUUUUGCCAUCUUCCAUUAUCCACAAAUAUAUCACAAAAAUAUAAUGCUGACAAGAUCACUAGAUCGAGGCAUCUUUUUCGCAGUAGUAACAUUAUUUCUUGCACAAGGAGUGUCAGUUCAAACUCCAGUGACACGCAAUUUUGCGUUCAGGUUGACAAUGGCGGAUAAUUUGUUGGAAGGAGAGAGAGGAUCAAGAUGGGAACGACGUAAUUCAAAUCGCGUGUUAAUCAACAGAGAAGCUAAUUCAUUCGUCUGGUUUACUAUCAGGAGGAACUUCCCCUCCCUUCCCCUCCCUUCCCCGUGUUUCUCCCUUCUUCGCCCCCCCCCCCCGCCUCCCCACUCCCUAACAUCGUAUAUUGAGUGUUAAUUUAAUCUGAAACGCAUUCUAUAGCAUCUUUUGUAGUAGAACAAAUCGACAAACGUAGAUGUGAAAUGAUCUCCAUGAUCUUUAUAAAUUUAUCUAAGUAGUUUUAUAAUUUUUAUUUUGUCAUUUUUAUUUUUAUUUUAUCUCUAAAACUUAACCCUUUUUCACCUAAGAGUUAAAUUCAAUUCUCCACACUGUUUGCCGUACAUGUCUUGGAAUUUUAUCGCUAAGAAUUUGAUGUUAAAUCAGACGUUCUCCCCCAGCAUAUAGUUUUUUCAGUCUUUUGACAGCCGUUCAAUUGGAAAAUCUAUUGACAGGAUCAGGUGAGAAUUGCUGUGAUCUCCUAGGAGUGAAAGGGUUGAUCAGUUUUCGUUCUAAACUGGUUACUGAGUGUUUCCUAUAGUUUCAAACUUUGUGUUUACAGUAACAUAGCAGUUCUCCGAAGGCGUGGUUUUGCGGAUGGCUUGAAGAAGUAUUUUGUUAUAGAUAGAUGCUGGUAAAUAAAAUCUGAAGUCAUUAUUCUG